AAUGUGGCGGCUCUUGAGCUUGACUAGCAUCGCUCACUUGUCGCUCACCGUAUCCUGGUACCAUACUUACUGCUGGCCCACUAUCCUUUGUGGAACAUCUAUUUUUCGAAGUUCUCCUUGGCACAUUUUGAGCUUACUCUGACCUCUCCAAGUCGCCUUCCACGCCUCAGAGACGAACACAGUGCAAGACGGUACAAAACGGAGUCGAAGAUCGUGACGGUGACGGAAAGCUAGAGAGGAUUCACUAUUGGGCGGACGAGUGUGACAAGGUUAGCCUGCCACGACUGCGUCAACACCAUCUGUUUGCCACGAGUAAACUGUAGCUCAAGCUACUAGCUUGACCCGGGAUAAUGUCACGACGUUUUCCUCCUGAGAUUCUCUCAGCGAUCUUUCUCCAGAGUCUUCCUGUCCGUGACCAGACAAAAGCAACCAUACCUCCGAGCCAUGCUGUCAUCUUGACCGGAGUUUGUCAAUACUGGCGUGCCGUGGCACAAUCGACACCUUCCUUAUGGACAGACCUCGAUCUUCCCAAUGCGCCCAAGAAAGCGCAGGCACGCGAAUCGUUCUUCCAGGUACUCCAAACCUGGCUCUCAAAUUCCAAAAACCAACCAUUAUCGCUCUGCUUGAGCUCGCUAGAACGUCGGCGAUCUGUCGUCAGGCAGUAUCUCUCCAUCCUGUGCUCUUAUUCCGUGCGAUGGAAGAACAUCAUACUCAUACUGCGAUGCGACGGCGACCCGGAUAUUAUUCCCCCAAUACCAUCAGGCUCACUGCCUCUCCUGGAAAGGUUUUAUUACAGCGAUUCCUUUCUGACAGGCAUCACCGUUGACCGUGACUACGGUGUUCCGCCCACUUGGACCCUCAAGGAUCACCUCUCGUCUGCCCCCCACCUUCAUGAAGUCCAGAUUCGGCACCCGUUAGCGUUCCAGCUAUUCCCUUCGUCAUCCAGUAUUACCAGCAUUAGUUUGGAUCUCGGGGUGAAUACAUUCCACAGGAUGUUCCACCUUGGGCGUCUUCUCACCUCGCUCUCGAUCUGCGAUGGCCUCGAAAAACUGACUGUCACAUGUCAUGACUAUCAAUCGGAUAUCAUCGUCGAUAAUGAAGGCAUAUUUCCUGCCUUCAUCCGACUUCCACGAGUUUCCUCACUCACGCUCGCAAUUGGGUCCAUCUCGCUCAUAUUCGGUGCCCUCAUGCGCGCUCUCGAGCUCCCGUCCUUGCGUGCUCUUUAUUUCGAUUCCAAUGGUUGGCUAAGCCGCGAGCUCCCAACAUUUCUCGCUCGCCACUCGCACAUCGAAGGAUUAUUUGCGAUGAACGACAUAUUCUCUGCAGCCAUGACAUCGGUGUUCGAUCGACUUCCCCAACUUACCACCUUGGCCACGGAGGAUCUGAGGAAACUUCCCAGUACAUUGCUCAGAGAGCUCACCUUCGUAUACAAUCUCAAGCCCGACGGAUCCAGUCCUCUACACUCCGGUCGCGUCAUCACACUGGAGCAUCUCAUCAUUUGCUCGGUCCAUCCAGGAAUGACAGCGAUACAUGAUUAUCCACAAACCGAGUCAGAGUAUUAUGAUCGUGUCAUGCGGCUUGUGCAGAGUCGUUGGCGUUUACCUACCAAUGCACUCGAUUUUGACGGAAGACCUAUGGAGCGAUUAAAGUCCUUCAGGAUGCGGACGAAGGAUAAGGUGGAUAUGAUGAACGUUGCCCCAAAUGUGUACGCGAAGCUAAUGCAGUUUCGGGAGGAAGGGCUGGAGGUGGAAUUUGGCAAUAUGGAGGAGUUGAAGACGUUUGUGAUGCGGUGAUCGUGGUGUUGUCGAAGAACAUGAUGUAUAGACUGGUCUCUCUUCUAGUCAGUUACGGGUGCGAUCCAUCUUAACUGCUAAGAAGUGUCGAUUUUUUUCCACGCUACGCUUUUCCUUUAGUGUUACCAUGUAUCCCGCUGGGUUUGCUUCUCGAAUCCUAUCUCGGUUCGAGAUUUUCGGUCGCAUACAUAUCUAGUUGUUUGGCCGUGGGCAUGGUUGCCAGAUUUUCCCGUGGCCCCAAGCCAAGCCUUUGGCUUACUAGUUGUGUGGCCCCUUGUUUGUGGACAAUAAUAACACGUCC